CUCUUAUAACUUUUUUAUUUUUUCUCCAAAUUCUUCAAAAAAUAUAGGGAAAACUGUCAAUUUAGCCCCCGUACUAUACUGAAAACGUCGAUUAGGCCCCCGUACUUCAAAAACACCCAAUUGAAUCCUCGUACUACUAAAAAAUGCUCAAUUGAGCACUUUUAGAAGGUCACCAACCGGUUUCCCGGUUAGGUACACGCGUGGCAUUCCACGUGACAGCCCACAUGGCAUUUUUUCUAUUUUCUUUUUUCCUUUCUAUUUUCUUUUUCUUUUUCUUUAUCCUUCUCUUUUCUUUUCUAUCCUUCUUCCCCUUCGCGUACAGAGCAUUCAUAGUCGGUGAAGCCAGUGAAGAAAUUCAGGGGUUGCCGACAUCACUAGGGUUGCUCUUGUUCCAGAGUUCUGUUACACUUGAUAACGUCGCAUAGCACGGAAGUCUACCUUUCGGCCGCAAACCAACCUUCCGGCGUAAUACCCAACUUGAGAAGUUGCAAAAUAAAAAUGAGAUAUAAGAAGGAAGAUGGAGUUGCAGGAGGCCGACAAAAUAAAAAAGAAAAGAAGUUGCAACGUGAAAAUGAAGAAAAGGAAAAAAGAGAUGUACUCCGGAAGACGGAAUUGCAGAAGACCGGCGACCUGGGAUCUGGGAAGGACCGAAGGAAGGGAGCGAGAGUAAAGAAAGAAGAAAGAAAGGAAAAGGAAGGGAAAAGGAAAAAGAAGGAAGAUGGAGUUGCAGGAGGCCAGCGACCUGGGAUCUGGGAAGGACCGAUGGGAUCUGGGAAGGACCGAAGGAAGAGAACCAGAGUAAAGAAAGAAGAAAGAAAGGAAAAGGAAGGGAAAAAGAAAAAGAAAAAGAAAAAAGAUAAAACCUGCCACGCGGGCCGCCACGUGGAGUGCCACGCGUGUACCUAACCGGGAAACCGGUUGGUGACCUUCUAAAAGUGCUCAAUUGAACGUUUUUUAAUAGUACGAGGAUUCAAUUGGGUGUUUUUGAAGUACGGGGGCCUAAUCGACGUUUUCAGUAUAGUACGGGGGCUAAAUUGACAGUUUUCCCAAAAAUAUAUCAAAAUUCAUGAUUUUUUAUGAUCUUUCAUAUGACACCAAUAUGUAAUACCUAAAACGAAAAAAAAAAAAAAAUUAACUGUUGAAGUUUUGGUGAACCCAAAAAAGCACGAAACACGAAUUUUUAAUUCAUUAAGCCUUCACAAAUAAUAAGUGAAUAUUCCAUAAUCGAAUUUUAUUUUAACUAAGUUAUUGUUAACCAAAAAAUCAUUUAAAAAAGUUAGUGAUUUUUUUUACAUCGAAAUGCGUAUCUUUUACUUCAUAAUUAUCUAGGUAAAAUAUUAAAAGGAAAAUACUUUUUAUAAU